AUGGAUAAAUACGUGACUGGGUUGAAAAGAAAAUUUAAUGAAGCAGAAGAAGAGGGUGGUGAAAAUAAUGGAAAUGUUUCUUCACAAAAUAGUAAAACUAAACAUAGAAAAUAUGAUCCAAUGUACUUAUCAUUGGGAUUUACGUAUAAGAUCAUUAAUGGUCAAGAACGACCAAUGUGUUUGCUGUGUAUGAAUACUUUGGCCUCAGAUAGCAUGAAACCAAGUAAAUUAAAACGACAUCUGGAAAAAGUGCACGCCGAUCAUGUUGGCAAAACAAAAGAAUUUUUCCAAAGAAAAUUAGAUAACUUAAAUAAACAGAAAGAAUCGUUUUCAAAAGCUUUGUCUGUAUCACAAAAAGCGUUACUUGCGUCAUACAAAGUUUCGUAUAGAAUUGCUAAAUGCAAAAAACCCCAUUCAAUAGGAGAAACUACCAGCAGCUAUUGA